UUGAGAAGUGACACUACGCAGUUUCGAUGUGCCCAGCUAGCUCGGAAUACUACGAUCGGGGGUUUGGUGUUGUGUAUCCAAUGAUUUCGCAGGACUUAGCCAAAAUGUACGGCAACGUGCUUGCCCCAUCACCCAUCUAUCACAGUGUCUUCCGCUCACCACUGCCACAACCAGGGAUGACCAACACAUCAUUCUUAGUAGAGAAUCUGUUACGGGACGGUGCGGUAAACGUUGGACCGGGUGGUUUCAUCACGCGGCCGAUGACCACAACGACACCUCCGUCAUCAGCAGCCAUGGGACUGCCGUCACACUUAGAAAAUGACAGGGACUAUUUACAAGUGCAAAAGACAAAAGCUGCUGAACAGACGAAAAGUACGACGCCGUAUCUUAAGUUUGGAGUAAACGCUAUCUUAUCAUCAGAAGUUUCGCCAAAACCAGCCACGAGUCCGACACACCUGACCUCCUCAGGAUGCAGUGCCUUCACAAGCUACGCGCCUCCUCUCACUAGUCUAGCCUUAUCAAAUUCAAAAUGCUGCACUCUUACGUCAAAUGGUAUAUCGUGUACGACAUGCGGGCCACGACCACCUUACGACACACCCUUUCAUCCCAUGAUGCGACAUCCAUAUUUCACUGCUGCUUCAAUGCUGCCACUGCCAAAUGCGUUUACGUUUCUAAGCAGUAUGCGAGGCAAGCCAAGACGAGGCAUGCUUAGAAGGGCGGUGUUCUCGGAUCUGCAGCGAAAGGGCCUAGAAAAGACGUUCCAGAAACAGAAAUACAUCAGCAAACCAGAUAGAAAGAAACUAGCAGCUAAAUUGGGUCUCAAAGAUUCACAGGUUAAAAUCUGGUUCCAAAACCGGCGAAUGAAAUGGAGAAACUCAAAGGAAAGAGAACUGUUAUCUUCGGGCGGAACAAGAGAGUCAACACUGCCUGGCAAAGGCAACCAGAACCCCGACCUCAGCGAUACGGUGCUUGACCCGAGGAAGGACUCUGAUGAAACGAUCAUGGACAAUGAACGAUCACCAAUGGGUAGUCCUCAGUCAAGUGGACUCGGUUCGCCAAAUUUUACCGAUCACAUGCCAAUGAUGUCUGACGAUUCAGAUAAUGAUGACGACGACGAUAUUGAGAUAAACGUGUCUUAGUUAUGCGUGCUACGUCAUCAGAACUGUACAAAUAUGUAAAUAGAGAUGCAGUAAGUUAAUUGUUCACAACGGAGAAUACCAGAUAUAUGUGGAAAGUCCAGAUCCUUCUAGUAUACAGCCAAAGUACUGAGAACUGGUGGCAUGCGAUAAAAGCAACUUUGCGUGAGUCUAGGCCACAUCCGAUGAAAAUUUAAAGCUAGUGGUAUAUUUUGGGACAUUCUGCCUACAUGUAAUCCAGUCGUCUAUAAUACUUACUUGCCAACCGAGUUCUCCUUGAAUGUCACAAUGGGCCACGCCAAUUUAAGCAUCUAUAAUAAAAAGGACUUGCUCACUUCGGGUUGACCAGUUGGUUUCAGGGCUGUAUCCGGUUAUUUUGACGUGUCAUGAAUACAUCAUCAUACCUAUCUUGUGUCUUUUUGAAUCACCAAUAUAAAGUGAUGCCUUUAACCCUGGACAACUCUAUUUCUACACAUUUCAGUGACUGCUUUAUUUAUGAGUUGAACUCGUGCAAGGCUUUGUUUAGGCCACUUUACAGUCAACAUUAUUUUCUUUUUACUUAUAUCUUCCGAAGCCACAGAGUCUGCGAUGCCGCUGCUGUAAACACAACAAUAAUCAAUGUAUAAACUGUGAUUUUUAAUCGAGGUCAACUUCGAGCAGAGAGACGCAACUGCACUAUCUUGGCUGACUUCAAUGCAUUCUGUUAUUUGAUUUCUUCACUACAAGUGAUCAGAAACGAGUACAAGACGACAACAAACCCUUAGACAAACAACGUUCAAAGCAUACAAGGAGCAUUUGAUAUCAGUUCAAUGAAAUCUCUGAUACAAUGACUGCAAGAUUUCAGUUUAAAUCAAUGCUCUUUGUGUUUUUAUUUUGUUGGUGAUUUUCAGUAUUUGCACCAUUGGUUCUCAACGAAUACACAAGCUACCACUCGAGGAGCUGCUCUGUUGAAUUAUUAUCAUAUCUAUCCAUUAGUAAACAUUUCUGCCAUGAAUGUAGUACUGUACAUAUCAAGCACUGAAACUCCUUCGGUUCAUGUUGCACCCUUAAGCUCUUUACAAUCUAACGAGGCAUUCUCUUUUCGCGUUUUAAACACCAGCACUUUUGCUGUUGAAUACAGUAGGCAUUCCCAAUGCGUUUAUUGCUAAGGAGACAUGUCUUGUGUGUUUUAUCGACGUUAAUCGCAUACUCUCAAAAUAAAACAAGCAACCAACCCUAAAUAUAUUUAUCAACAAAGUAUUUUAGGAUAGGCAAUUCCAGUCAGGAUGAGUUUCGUGUGACAAAGCCUCCCUGUUCCAUUACACUCCUUACUAAAACAAAGCCAAACUUUUUGUUUUGCCGUAAAUAGCACUAUUACAAAAGUAUAAAUGCACCUGAUGUGUCACAAAAUCCAUAUGUUAUCCUUAGUAUUCCUUUCAAAGCUGCAGGGGAGUUUUAAUCGGGCAUCUGAAGUACUGUCAUCCUGUAAGCUUGUGCACCUAUUUAGCAAAAUAUCACAAUAUUUAUCAAGAGGAAUUCUGAAAUUAAUUUGGAUUUCCCAAUUUGUAAAAAAAUCUCGCGUUUUAUUUUGUCGAAUCGGGUUCGUUUGGGAAAAAAUGGCACUUUACAAUAAACCGUCGAAACUACCAGGGCAAUAGCUUAAUGCACAUAUCUUAGAACAUGAUGCACACGAGUAGGCAACACCCUUCUUACCACACUAAAUUUUAUAACAGGGUGUGGUAAGCAAACUAUCUUAAUAAACACUGUGACUGAGACCUUAUUUCAUGUAUUUCAUAGCAGGGUCGUUCUUUCUGAGGAGAAUAGUGAUCAGACGUUGAUGAUGAAAUGAGAAUUAAUUAGGUGAAAAUCAGAGAUAUUUCCCGAGCUAAUGACACUAGAUAAACAUGUACCUUCGAAUUUGUUUUCAGGUAUAUACUUCCUUUUAUAUGAUACUACGUAUUGCCUGUAAUGUGUGCAAUGCAUCGACAGAUUCCAAGACAUGUGCUAAUUCUAGGCUAAGAUUUGAUCUAAAUUGUAAUCGCUGGUGUCAUCUCCAUGUCACAAAAUGUUCUCUUGAUGCAAUCAUAAUCAAGCAAUCUCAAACUUCCUUCAAAGGAAUUGGUGAUGAACGCGAAAUGCAGCAACUGCACUGUCAUCAUGAUAUCAAAAUGGUUACCUUACUUCAAGUACGCGAGUUCAUGCAAUAUUGCCAAUACCCAGUGAAGACAAGUAACUGCAGUCUCCACGACUGAUAAAUACCCAAAGACAUAUUCUAUUGGACUCUUAGAUGUUGUUCUGCUAACUUUACUCUUGUGACUUAUCGCUGUCUAUCUAUACAUUUUUGUUGCUUCAGAUCUAUUUUCUUAUUUAAAAUGAUAUCAGUCCACUUAUUAUUGGCGUGCACAUUUAUUUCCCUCUUACCCACCACCUAAUCCAAUCUCUACGUCUGUAAAUUUUCACGUCUGUUUUGUUUUGCGAUUUGCAAAAAAAAUCAAAAUACAAUACAUGAUUAAUAUGAAUGAUUACAACUAAUUUUGGUGAAUUGCAAAAUUUCAGUUUUUCUAACCCAAAAUUAUUUGCCUGAAAGCAAAUGGCCGUGAAAAUUUACCGGUUAACAACAACGCAUUUGUAAUUCAGCGAUUAUCUUUAAGAUGCCUAUAGCUUUUUGCAUAUUCAUUAAUGUAUAAUGAGCCCUAUCGCUCCACCCAAAUAUGCUUAGUUUUAUACAAAGCAGUAUGAUGUGAUGACACCUUCAAAGCGCAUAUUCUACAUGUAUUGUUGUUAUAAUGUUACAUCCAAAACUGACUACGACUUUUGGUUAUAUACAAUGUUGACAAGUCUUUACGCUUUUCUUACUUGGGUAUGAGAGGUUUUCAACGAAAAGUGUCAAGACAUGUAUUCUUGCCUGAUAGCCCUUUCAUGAUAUAUACAUGUAUAUCCGGAGAUAAAAUUGUACGUUCGUGUACGGAUGUAUUUGCGUAUCUGUACGUUUUUGUAUUUCUCACUUUGUAGUAGGCCUACUCCGUUGAUUUCACGAAGCGUAUUUGUAUAUACCUCGUAUGAAGGAAAACUGAUUUCAUCUUAUGACAUGGUAUCAAACAAGCCUGCCUUAAUAAAAUGCUUCAGAUUUACUUUUGAUCCAAACGCAAUUUUUACAGCAAUUGUUGACUUUCAAAUAUCAAAACAUGCCUUUGGAUCAUAAUUUCAUACAGUAAGGUUCAACCUGAGCUUAUGACAUGCAUAAACUUCAUCUGUUCUCUUAGCGUUAAUCAUAUGAUUCGAGGGGUUUUCCCUAACAUUCCGAAAUGCUUAUACGAUGGAUCAUUUACUGAUGAUCAAUCAUUAAUGAGCUGAGGUUUUCCUAUUAUAUCCAUCUACCUUGUCGGUGUGGAAAUAGGGGAGAAUACCAAUGUUUUCCUUCUGCGAGUUCUGUUUUUCAAUAAAUCGGUACAGUGCGAAGUAAAUUUGUGACACAUAGUACCUAGCAAUGUUUUACACUAACUCGUCACACGUACAGGUUAUUCAAAAGUCAUAUUAUAUUCAAACUAUUAUGCACUAGUCCUAGGACAUUGAAUUCUUUAUCUUCUCUUAUGCAUCUGUCAUUUAAUUUCGAUGUUACUGUUUUAUUGAUAUGAUAACCUGAAUCAAACACUUUCUGUUCUCUCAAUAAUAAACAGUAUAUGUGUAAAGUCAACGUUUUAUUAUCGAACAUGUACACUUUUGAAUCUUGCCUGUAUACUUCUCUAUUUUGCAUAAUGGUCUGAAUUAGUAAUGAAAUUAAAUAUUGGUGUUUUUACUAAUUGUUCUCAGUUAGAUAUACAUAUAACAUGCCAUUUGUUAAUGAACUCUUACGUAUAUGUAAAAGGCGUAUAAACGUUUAAUUAUAAAUAUUUGCUUUUACCCUCAAAUCUCUUGCACGUUUCUCCUCUCCCUUUUCUAAUGUACCAUUUGCACAUGUGUAUACCUCGUUAGUAGAGACUAUCACAGGUCAUGUCAAAGUUAAGUGGAAGAAUCGAUGAUAUACAGACCUUACAGUUCACAAACUGCAUAAUAAUAAUUGGUGAAAAACUGUACACACGUCAAGAACAAUGAAGUCUCGCCUUGCAUAUCUUACUGCUAAAUAAAAGUGGUUUUUGAUAUAUUUUUGCAACUAGGUGGACAUUACGUUGGUGUAAUGAAGAGAGCGCAUAAAAUGUUAAAUCUUUACAGCUUUUUAUCGGCACAAUGUAAUUGUAAAGUGAGCAACGUUACAUUGGUUCCAAUACUUAGAUUUUUUAUUCGUCCUCGACCAAAUGCGUCCGUUUCGGAAAAGAGGCAAGCGCAUAAAAGUGAUGACCCAGUGAUGUUCCGACUUCAGUGUCUGAUAUAACAACUGGAAAUGCCGAGAGCAUCGUUCGUUAUUAUCAUAUUAACUCAUACUGGUAUAUAUUUUUUUUUCCUAUUGUUGGUAUUCUGUCUGUAAUGAUUUUAUAUCAUUUUUCAAAAUCUAUCUUGUACAAUACAAGGUUAGUCGUCCCGAAAAACCAUGCGCUACAUACACAUGUGCCAAGGAUCACAGAAUUGGAAUCUUGCUCUGAAAGUGAUGGAAUUCCUUGCCAAUAAGGCUAAAAACCGUCGAUUUACACAUUUGACAGAAUUUAAAGCACUGUAUGGUAUGUGAUACUCGUGUAAUUUCUAGCCAAGCGAUUAUGCUUUUGUCCAGAGAGAAACAAAAAUAUAACUAGAUGAUCAAGUUGUCGGAAAUGCAAGGGAAUAGAGAAGUGACCUGAUCUCACAACAUCAAUUCAAAGUUCGACAGCUUAAACCAAUAGUACUCAUCAGCAAUAAAACUCUUGCUUUGAAAUGAGCGUGUAUCCAAACCUCUUAGCGUGCCUUCCAUUUACCCAUCUUUCGCCCAAAGUCAAUCACUCAGUGUCUAGACAGUUAUUAUAUAAUCUUUUUAGUGUCGAACGUUUAGUACCAGUGCAUUAAGUCAACUAAGAUGUCCUUUAUUGAUUAAAAUCUGAAGUAUCAGGGUUUAUCCAUAAUUUCCAGGAUGAUGUCGAAACCCACUAGUGAAAGAGCUAAAAGAGACCAAAUACACUUUUGUGGAGAUAAAUGUAGUAGUUGAAAGGUACAUGUCAAGUUUUGGAGUUUGCGAUGGAUAUAUUUACUUGCGUGCACUUAUAUAACAAUGUCACAAAGAUUGCUUUAAGUCAACGUCCAGUUUAUUGCUAUUCCAGCGUGACUGGCCAAUUGACCUAGUACCAUGUAAACUAGCUCCAGACUUAAUCCAAUGCUUAUUGUCUCGUAUGAUAUAUACUCAAAUUAAUAAGAUGUAUGAACGACCACUAAUUUGCAAUUUCGGUAUCUCUACAUUAAAGCUGUCAUUCUCCUUCGCUGUAUAUUGUCUCUAUUUAUGGGUAUAUAAACAAUGGCUAAUUACUGUAUUUUCCUCAAGUUAGGUGUAGUGGGGAUAGUAGCAAAGUCUAGUGCUUCUAGUUGUCAGUUGUUUAAACAUGUGGCAAUUGUAACCUUCAGUCAUUUUUCAUGACAAAUAAUUAGGCUACGACUGUUUUAAAAUGCAUUUCAUAAUCGGCCCUUCUUCUACAUCAGGGAUCAGUCGACAAGGGUCGGGGAUCAAAACGAGUUUUGCGCCAUAUCUGAAAAAGCUACACCAGUUAUUAUAAGUUAUCGUAAAGUGUCUUUUUGCUUAUGUACUGAGUUUUCCGCCAUUUUGUGAUGCUGUAUACAAGCACGUCUGUAGCAAGCAAUGCAUAUCUUAACAUAUGUAUGUCUGUCUGUCUGAAGAGAGGUCCUUGAUGAACUUGGAAAUCUGCACCCGAAAACACCACAGGUCUCACCAGUUAUUGCAUUCUUUCCAUAAUAAAAAAGUGGUAAAAAUCCUAAAUAGUGUGGCUGAUCCAAUGUAUUUGUUGACCCAAGCAACAAUGCCUUGUAUUUCUUAGUAAUACCACAAUCAUGGUUUUAAGUGUGGUAAUGCAUACGAAGUGCAUUUCAUAAUCGCUAAGUAGGGUUUAUACAGUAUAUUUUCUAAAGGUAUCAAGAACCAACGCUACGUACAAAGGAAGCCACUAGGUUUAAUCUUAUUGUUUCCUCUGUUUGUUUUGGGGAUUCGCAAAGAAAAUAUGAUAAUUUGCAGUUUAUUUAACCAUUACGAAAAUAAUGGGAGCGAAAUCAAAUUACUCCUAUAUGGGUCUUUAAGAAAAUGUGAAUGGAGUUGCCUGAAGUGUUAUUCACAGAAUGUGGUGGGGUCGUAAAGAACAUUCGUGUUUUGGAGACAAGAGCGACGAAAACCCAAACAGUAUUUCGACUUAUGUGACAAUUCUAUCAGCUAAACCAUCAGACGUGGGCAAGGACGGCAUCACUUAUUAAUGGCUUUAUCAAUAAAUGAUUAUUUCGUCCGAAAAUAUACAGUUUUUCCAGAAACUAUAUCCAAUGAUCUGUCUGUAUACUGGGCUUUGUUGUGACACUUUUUAUGUAUUCUUUGAGACAAAUGUUAUAUGAAAUAGCAGGUAUGGCCAUCUAAAAGUCUUGCACUUCCGUUAAUAUGAAUUGUUCUGAUAUAAUCAGCCAUUGUUUCUGUUCUGGAAUUGUAGCAAAGCGACAUUUGCUCUGACACACUUCAAACCAAUGUGAUAGUGAUGGAUGACGAAGCCAUACAACACAACUGCACCCUUCUUUUCAGCCACACAAGUUAGUAAAAAUAAAAAUCAGUCGAUCAAAAGUAGCGAACAAUACACAACUGUAUCCUUAGCUAUAAAUUCUUCUCUUCCCUUGACGGUGCUCGCCUGAAUUGAACAAUAACUGAAUAAUACAAAUAAAGCAUAACAAUGCGAGCCAUUUGAAAUGUGGGCCUUUAGGAUUGGAGGAAAAUAGGCUUCGAGAAGUUUCUAGACAGCGGUUUGAAAACCUAGCUUACUGUCUAUAAAUACAUUUCAGACAUUAGAAGUGAUAAAUAUUACAUGUCUAACACUAUUUUUCAGACUCUAUGGUAUUUUGCAUCGAACAGAUGGCUAAGUUUCCUUUGACACAUUUAGUGGAAAUAAAACAUAUAAAGAUCAGAGUCCGAAAAUCCUUCUCAGCACCACAUUUUUUCAAAUAAAUUUAUUUGAAAGACUCUGUCAGCACAUACAAAUUCGUAAUGUCUCACUUUGCAAUGUUUCAGCGCGUAGAAUAGAACUUUGAAAUACAUUGACAAUAUCAAAAGCGUCACAAACAAAUGGUAUUACUAUGAAUGUGAAAUAUAGUGAUUAUGAAAUGCUGACAGUGGCUCAAUUAAAAAAAAAUUGAAACCAUGCCUGCCCUAACAAACAUGUCAUUAAGAACAGAAAACUUGUAUUAAUUACAUUGGUGUUAAAAAAAUUAUAUUCGUCUCUGUUACAGAU